UGUGCGCUUUAUACGCUAUCUUUACGCUUAUCGCACGCACACAAAGACCCUUCUUCCAUUUCCCCGCGUCUUUAUCCCUUCUAUAUAUACGUACCUCUCUUUCUUUUCUCAUCUUCAUCAGCCAACUCAUUCCAUCUCCAUCUCUCUGCUUUCAAGAGACUCUGUUCCCGAACAUGGCUUGCUUGGUUUCUCGUACCGGAAGGGAGCUGCAAAGAUACAAUCAUAUGGGGUUUCGCCAAGUUGUUGGUUGUAUACCCUAUAGAUUCAAAUGCAGCGAAGAUGGGGUCAAAAUUCGUGAUGCAUAUGAGGUGCUUGUGAUAAGUUCUCAAAAGGGACAAGGCCUGAUGUUUCCCAAGGGUGGUUGGGAACUCGAUGAAUCCUUGGAACAAGCUGCUUGUAGAGAAUCGCUUGAAGAAGCUGGUGUUGUUGGGAAAGUUGAGUCUGAACUUGGAAAAUGGAGAUUCAUCAGCAAAAGCCAAGGCACAUACUAUGAAGGCUAUAUGUUCCCUUUGUUUGUUGAGGAGCAACUUGAGCUGUGGCCAGAGAAACAUGUUCGACAAAGAAUAUGGAUGGGUGUAGGUGAAGCUAGAGAAGUGUGUAGACAUUGGUGGAUGAAGGAAGCUUUAGAUAUCUUAGUUGAAAGACUAGCAACAUCCAUGGGAGAGCAAAAGGAUGGUGAUGAUCUGUGAUAGAAAGCUUUCUUGUAAAUAUGGGAAGGAAAAAUGAUGAUGGUUGGGUUGGGUUGGGUCUGUUCAUGAGGCUAUACCCAACUUUCUUUAGUUCUUGAUAUGUAUCUUCUUCAAUUUUGAAAGAAUACAAAAAUGGAUAUGGUUGAUACCCAAUUUGGGGUUAGCUCUCUCAAUCAAUACUUUCACUUUUCCA